AAUUAGUAAACAAAUGAAAUUGUUUUGUUAGACGCGCCCGGAAUGACAGAGCACAAAUACUCGUAGUUAAGCGGUUUUAUAAAUAAAACAAAAACAAAUAGAGAAAAAUAAAAGAAAUAAAAUCGAAUAAAGAAAAAUGCGAUAGGCUUCAAUGGUUUUAUUGUGAAUUUCUCUCACAACCGUCCACAUUUUGAUAAUCAAGAGUGUUUUGUUUUGUAUUUUUUGGCAAUAAUUAAGGCAAUUUCAUGAGUGAAUUGUUGUUUAUUCGAUAAUGUGUUUUUAGUUGUUGUCGAAACGCGAAGCAAUUCGGUGGUUGGCUACGAAAUGGAGCUACUACGUCGUUGUCGUUGGCUACUGUGGGCACUGCUCUAUUGUCAGCUAUUAACUGACAUUGGAGUCAGGGUGCAAAGUGCAAAGAUCUUGGCAUUGUUUCCAUUCCCGGGUAAAUCGCAGUACAUAUUUGCGGAGCAAUAUCUGAAAGAACUGGCACGAAGAGAUCACAAUGUGACAGUAAUAAAUACUUUUGGCAGCGACGAAGUUGUACCCAAUUUUAGGGUAAUUGGUGCUACCAAAAUUCACGAGAUAAUGGCUUCUUUCGGCAGCGGGGACUUUUUCCAACCGGCCAGCCAGUGGACAAUGCUGACGAUGACGACGGAAUUUAUCAACUUGCUCACAGCGAAUGUGCUUGACGAUGUCGGAGUAAAACAGCUGUUUGAGGCGGAGGAAACUUUUGAUUUGGUUAUCUUGGAAACUGUGCAAACCGAAGCGCUCUUUGGCUUGGCUCAGCACUUCAAGGCAUUGACAAUUGGCAUCUCUUCGUUUGGCACUGAUCAGCAUAUCGAUGAGUUAAUGGGCAACAUAUCGCCAUUGUCGUACAAUCCAAUGCUGUUAUCUAGUCGCACCGAGCAUAUGAAUUAUGAGCAGCGUUUGUGGAAUAUUUGGGAAGCAGGUGUCGCCUGGAUACAUAAACGUUUGAUUCACUUGCCCAGCCAGCAAAGGCUCUAUAAGCAAUACUUUCCUGAUGCUAGCCAAACACUGGAGCAGGUGCUCGAUAAUUUUUCGCUGAUGCUACUCGGCCAGCACUUUUCACUCAGCUAUCCACGUCCCUAUUUACCCAACAUGAUUGAUGUUGGCGGAUUGCACUUGAAGCAGCAGCGAGAAGCAAAGCCGUUGCCCGAUGAGAUUGCCAAGUUUGUAGAGAACGCCAAGCAUGGUGUCAUCUACUUUUCCAUGGGAUCGAACAUAAAAAGCUCCGACUUGCCAGUCGCUACGCGAAAGAUAUUACUGCAAACUUUUGCAAAUCUAAAGCAGCGCGUGUUAUGGAAGUUUGAGCUGGAGCAACUCGAGGAUCAGCCAGAGAAUGUUUUGAUUAGCAAAUGGUUUCCUCAGCCCGAUAUUCUGGCCCAUCCCAAUGUUAAGCUAUUCAUCACUCACGGCGGUCUCUUGAGCACCAUAGAAAGUAUAUACUUUGGCAAACCAGUGCUGGGUCUACCUGUGUUCUACGAUCAACACUUAAAUGUCGAGCGUGCCAAGCAAGCUGGCUACGGGCUUGGACUGGAUCUGACGAAUUUGAAUGGCACCGAGUUGGAGAAUCAAAUUCUGGAGUUGGUCACCAAUCCUAGCUAUGCGCAGGCUGUGCAACUGAAGUCGAAACUCUACAAGGACCAAAAGGAUACACCACUUGAGAGGGCCGUCUGGUGGACGGAGUAUGUCAUCCGUCACAAUGGUGCUAAGCAUUUGAGAUCAGCUUCGCGCGACUUGAACUUUGUGCAAUUGCACGGAAUAGAUACUUGGGGACUGAUUUGCGGUGUUGCCUCGCUGAUCGGAUUGAUAAUUCUGUUUACAUUGUCAUUGCUUCUGCAAAUACUGCGAUACAUUCUACAUAAAUUUUCUAAAACUGAAGUUAAGCAAAAGAAGCAGUAGAACAUAAAACGACAAUGAAAAUAUUUGAGAAACUAUAACUUAAAACAAUUAAUACAUUGUUGACACUUUAAGUCUAAUACUCACUUAUUCUGAAAAGAACUAAUCAAUGUCUUCUUUUAAU